AUGGAGCAGCUUAUCAAUGGUGGUUCUGCCCCUGUUGUAGCUGGUGCUGGUGCUAGUGCUGCUGCCCCUGUUGCAGCUGGUGCUGGUGCUGCUCUAGGUGCAGCAAACCCUGUUGAUGUUGCUGCUCCUGUAGCUGGGAAUAGGGCUGUGAGGGCAAUGAGGUGGACCAACACCACCUCUGGCUUUGUGCUAAGGAGGAUGGCUGCCCUUGUUAGUGAUGGUAGCAGGCCUGACAAGGUUUUCAAGGACAAAGAUGUGAAUUCUGUGGCCAAAGCCCUCAAGCUGUUCUGUGGGGAGGUUGUUAGCCCAACUCAAGUGUACAACCACUUGAGGAAGUGGAGGCAGAAAUGGGCUAGGUUGAGCAAGUUGAAGGACCUUAGUGGUGCUCUUUGGGAUGACCAGGCUCAUGCUAUCAUGCUUGAGCAAGAGCACUACCUUGGCCACUGCAAGGACCAUCCUAAAGAUGCAGAGUUUCUUAACUGUCCUAUUAGGUUCUACACUGAGAUGGAGGCUAUCUUUGCUAAUGCCAUGGCCACAGGCAAGUUUGCACUUGGGUCUGCUGCUGGCCCAAAGAGGAAGAGAGGGAACUUCUCUGAGGAGGAGAUGCUCAUGUUGACUAACAUGUCAGAUGCUGUGAAUAAUGUGGCCAAUGCUCUUAGGGAGAUUGGACCUACCCAUGUUGAUGCCAAUCUAUACCUUGCUGUGAUAGAGAUGCCUGGCUUCAGUGAGGAGGCACUUAUUGUUGCCUACACCUUCCUCCUGGACAACAAGGCCCAAGGCAGGGGCUUUGUGAACAUGAGUGAUGCCCACAGGGCCUUUUGGCUUAGGACCUUCCUAGCCAAAAACUACUAUGUGUAG